AUGAUACCCGAAGAUGAGAUUGCCAACUAUGAAGACUUCCGAGACAGUGUCUCCGAACUUCUGAUCUCGAGACUCUCGGGCACUGCAGAUAAGAAGAAAAAGAAAGCUACCAAGGGCCGCAAGAAUGAAAUCAAGCCUGUAACCAAGCCAGAGCAGGGUCAAGAGGACAAUGAUGCUCUGGCUGCUGAUUUGGGCGAGACGAUAGAGUAUCUUGCUUCCGAGAUAUUUCCUUCGUUGCCAGAUGAUCUACGAGUCAUCUCAUAUAGUGAUGUCCAGAACAAUUCACAGCUGGCUGAGAAAUACAGCGUUCCUCUGGACUCAGACGUUUACGAGGAUCUAUUACAACCAAUGCCAUUAUCUGUAUCGGAUUCAUUGACCUCUUACGGUCUACUCUCGGACCCCACAGACCUGCCACGAUUACUGGAGCCUGUCUUUACAGCAUACAUCACAAGCAGAACAACCGCACCGCCAGAAUUUGCACCUGCGAGUCGAGCUUCAGAGUGUGAGAUUUGCGAGAGGGAACACUUGCCUCUUACCUAUCAUCAUUUGAUCCCGAGAGCAGUGCAUGCAAAGGUCGUCAAGCGUGGUUGGCAUGCUAGCUGGGAGCUGAACAAGGUCGCUUGGUUGUGCAGGGCUUGCCAUAGCUUUGUUCAUCGGCUUGCGACUAACGAAGAGUUGGCCAAGGAGUGGUAUAGUAUUGAGUUGCUGUUGGAAAGGGAUGAUGUUCAAAAAUGGGCAGUCUGGGUUAGCAAGGUUCGGUGGAAAGCAAGGUGA